AUGAAAGGACCAAGAAGCCAAGUAGCCUUGGCGGCGCUGCUCUUCGUGGCGGUGUCGCUCGUCGCGCUGACGAGGGCGGCCGCACCGUCGCCUCCCCUGGGUAUCCCCGCAGAUUGGGUCGGGCCGUGGAAGCAGGGCGACCUCCUCUUCGGCACCGACGAACCCCAGCAGACCUAUCGCCAGGCGGUGGUGGGCAACGGCUACAUGGCCACUGUGGUCGGCAGCCCGGACAUCUACGUCUCUGGUGUUUUCAACGGCGAGGAGUCGCUUUCGAAGCGAGCCCGCCUUCCGGCCACCAACGCCAUCACCGUCACCAACGCCCUGCACACCGGUUCCGCACUCAACAUUCGAGAGGGCGUCUUUUACAGGAGGUCUUACUUCAAGCCGUGCAUCGCUUGCGCCGAGGCCGAUAUCGAACAGCGCUGGUAUGCGCACCGUUUCUAUCCGUCGCUGCUCGUGCGCACGACGGUGAGCCCCACCAACGAGUCGAUCACGCUCACGCUGGCUAACAACAACGGCACGGCCACGACCGACCUCGACCUGAGCCCGUACGGCGCGCCGCCGGGCCUCGCGGUCAUCGCCGGCCCCACGCGCCUGCUCGAGACGCCCAAGCAGCAGCCGACCUUCGUCGCCGUCGCCACCAACAACGUGCCCGACAGCAUCACCGUCAACGCCACCGGCAGCUCCACCACCUUCUACUUCAUCACCGCCAUCAGGACCAACCACGACAGCGAGUACCCGAUCGACGCCGCGCUCACCGAUUUGCAGAACGCGCAGUUCAUGCAGGGCUCCCUCCGGAAGCACCAUAUCGAGGAAUGGGAAAAGAUUUGGGAGGCCGGUAUUGAGGUGGGCGCUCGAUUCGAGCUCGGCCAGGCCGUCAACUCGUCGAUCUACUACCUCCUCAGCUCCAUCCGCGCGGGCGACUACGAGACCAACUCCAGCCGCUUCGGCUCCGCUUUCCGCGUCAAGUCCUACAGUGUGUCGCCCGGGUCGUUGGCCACCACGGGCUACAGCGGCCACUCGUUCUGGGACGGCGAGACGUGGAUGUACCCCACGAUGGCCCUCUUCUACCCCGAGGUGGCCCGCAACCUCCUCCAGUACCGUUCCGACCGCAUCCCCGAAGCCUCGGCCAACGCCGCCCUCAACGGAUUCAAGGUGGGCCUCAAGUUCCCGUGGGAGAGCGGCUACACCGGCUCCGAGGUGUGCCCCUGGCCGCCGGGUCUGUUCGAGCACCACCUCAUGGGCGACAUCGCGCUGGCGGUCCAGCAGUACUGGCGCCUCACGCGGGACAAGCAGUGGCUGAAGGAGGAGGGCAUCAACCUCGCCGUGGGCAUCGCCGCCUUCUGGAUCUCGCACGUCGAGUGGAACUCCACCACCCAGAAAUAUUCCAUCAAUCAUGUGCUCGGCCCGGACGAGUACGCCACGGGACCCGACAACAAGGGCAUCAACGACAACGCCUACACCAACACCAUCGCCCGCAUCAGCAUCGAGUUCGCCGCCGAGGCCAUGCAGAUAUUGGGCCUUAAGGUGGACCCGGUCUGGCUCAACAUCUCGAGCAACAUCUACGUGCCCUUCAACGCCACCGGCAACUUCCACCCCGAGUACGUGGGCUACGAGUACGGCCAGGUCGUCAAGCAGGCCGACACGAUCUUGAUGGGCUAUCCGGCGCUCGACCAGCUGCCGGAGCAGGUGCGAAGGAACGACCUGGAGUACUACGAGGAGGUGACCGACAUCAACGGCCCGGCCAUGUCCUGGGGCAUGUUCGCCAUCGGCUGGCUCGAGGUCGGCGAGUACCAGCUCGCCGCCAAGUACUUCAACCAGAGCUACCAGCUCAACUUGAACUUGCCGUUCAACGCCUGGCAGGAGACGGUCAACGGAGGCUGCCCCCACUUCAUCACCGGCGCGGGCGGUUUCCUGCAGGGCCUGUGGGCCGGCUUCGGCGGCGUACGCAUCCUCAACGACCGCGUCGUGUUCAAGCCCGUCCUCCCCGAGCACACCACCUACCUCAAGUACCGCCAGUUCCACUACCUGGGCAGCCAGAUCGACAUUGCGUUCGAUGACAAGCAGAUCACGUUCGGCCUCACCAGCCAGGGUGCGCAGGCGCUGGCCGUCACGUCGAGCAAGGGCGACAAGCAGAUCCUCGGCGCCAAGUCCCCCGUCAUUCUGCCCACCGCCUCCGCGCCCUUCUACCUCUCGGCCUACCCGCAGUAG